AUGCUUGUCAGAAUAAGAGGACUGUAAUUCUCUAAUUAAAAUAUGAAGUUCUUAUGAGUUAUCUUCAACCUUUCUCCAUUCAAAGACUAGUCAUGCACUUGAUUCCACUGCAUGAGGCAUACACUUUUCACUCCAUAAUUGAUGUGGCAGAGGUGACAGUAUAAAAGGCAUGAAAUAACUAUAAGUAUGUGAKAAACACCUCUCACUGUGAAGGGCUAUUCAACMUUUGAAGGUUCUUUGUUAUUUUCUUCUUCUGCACAGAUACCAAAUGAUAGAAUUAGAACCCUCUCCUUUAAAACCACAAAAUACUUUUCUUAUUAAGCUACUUCACUCCAGACCCAAGGCCAUCCCUCAUGAUACAUGGCCAAUGACUCUAUACUCAUUAAUAUUUGCAUUUUACUUGAGAUCCCAGUGUUAAGUCUCAGGAGGAGUGUUUUAUACCCAAGAUUCUAAAAUAUUACUUUUACUUUGACCUUGGGCUAUGACAAUGUAGGUUCCUGACUAUUUUGGGGAUUAGGCUAUAUUCUCCAAUGAGCAUGUGAUUCAGGUUUGUCUCCUUGUUACUCUGCAUGGGGAAAGAAAAGCAGUUUACAGUAUACUGCACUACAAGGCUAAGCAGAUUAGCAGUUUUGUUUCUACUUCAUUGCAAAACCCAGAAAACAUGUAUAUAAAGUGAGCUAUUUUCUUGGAUAAUUUUUUUCACACUCAUAUUUSAGAAUUUUCAGGUGUUUGGAUGACAUUAUGUCAUUUAUCAGAAUAACAUUGAUGUACACAGUGGGCCUAGUAUUGCCGGGAAAAUAAUUUAGUUUGUUAUCGGAAAGUUCCAUUUCAAGCAUGCCAUUCACUUGGUGUCACUGCAUGGCUGCUYGAAUCAAAAACAUCCCACACUGUUAUUGGGUCUCCAAUCCGAGUUGAUGCAGCAGAAACAUCAGACAUGAGCACAGCCACUGACCCAUCCCCCACAUCAACCCUUAUGCAGAAAAAAUGUGGCCACACAUGAUUGCCUGAAAUGUAUCCAGUCAAGCAGGCAAUAGUCUGUUUGAAUCAGCACCAGAUCAAGAGAUYAUUGAGGAACUUAUUUUCGCAAGGAGCAGAGCCCAUGCUUGACUGCAGGGGAAGCGUAAUUUUCACAAUGACCACUGGACUGUGAAACCCACCAUUGUUCUAUUUGUUAUUGUCAGUUUCACUAGGGAGAAAUGAACACAGUUGAUGACUGUAGUUCUUGCUUCCUCCCAAUGUUAUACAGCCAUUACAUGGCUAUGAUAAGUGUAGAAUCCAGUCUAAUACAUACUUUGCCAUCAUUGCAUUGGCCCUCAGGACCAGAGUCUAUGCUGACGCCUUCAAUGAGCCUUUUUGGCCAGCAACAGCCGUUGUUCCAGCCAAUGCCUUCUACACAUACCCUUGGACCCCCUCCACAGACCCUCAGGCCGUCUACACCAGUGGUAGUGGCCCCGGACCCCCUCCUUUUCCCCCUCUACAGCCCUCUGUCUGCCAAACCACCCGCUCACCUCCAGCUGAUGCAGGGCCUCCCCUGCSCUGUCCCACCUCCAACUGCCCAGGUGGCCCUCAGCACCAAGCCCCAGGAGGAAGAGGCUCAGAUCGGGGCCACAGACCAGGACGCUACCUUGGAUGAGCUGUGUAAGCCUCUGUACUGCAAACUGUGCAACGUCACCCUCAACUCUGCCCAGCAGGCACAGGCCCACUACCAGGGUAAAAACCACAGUAAGAAGCUGAGAAAUUUUUAUGCAGGCAGCCAGCAGCUGCCUGCCAUCAGGAUUCCGYAGGUAAUAGAACCAGUUUCCCAGCAACCCCUCACGACUCCACCAACUGAGAGUGCAACUCCAAAACAGCCGGUGUCAUUUAACGGUGCCAGCAGGGUGAUCUUAGCCACGGAGAACGACUACUGCAAGCUGUGUGACGCCUCGUUCAGCUCACCUGCCGUGGCUCAGGCACACUACCAGGGCAAGAACCAUGCCAAGAGACUGCGGCUGGCUGAGGCKCAGCAGAGCAGUAGCAUCAUAGAGUCGACUGAGUGUGUCCAGAGGCGUCCGAAGAAAGAGGGGAGCGAGUACAAGUUGAUCAAGAACCGCAGGACCUCACAGGUGCCCCCUGCCAUGCCAGCCCCCUACUACAACCCACGGCCCAGGCAGAGGAUCCCCAGAGACCUGGCCAUGUGUGUGACGCCCAGCGGCCAGUUCUACUGCUCCAUGUGCAAUUCUGGGGCCAGCGAGGAGGCCGACUUCCGCCUUCACCUGGAGAGCAAGCAGCACAAGAGCAAGGUGUCGGAGCAGCGCUACCYCAGCGAGAUGGAGAAUCUGGGCUACACUUAGGAGGGCAGCGCCGCAGCACGGGGAGGAGAGGGGAAUGGGGGGGAUUCACACUGAAUUUUUGAAGAGGUUGGGGAGGUUUAUCUCACAAUCGGUUUCCUUUCCCCAGUUUAAACCUUGUUAUUACUUGAGUUUGAGUAGCUGAACAUUGCUGAACAUGUGUAGUAGAGGAAAGCAAAGUUCUAUUACAGGCUUCUACCAGACCAGGUGAAUGUACUGUGAUUGCGAUGACAAUUAUUAAGRGAUAGGUAUUUUUUCAAUUGUAAAAAUCUGACUGACUGUUCUCUUUCCUCAUGUGUGUUUACAUGGGUUUGGUAUGACUCCAAGCAUCUUGGACAUGCCAGUCAASUCAACCUCUGGUCCUGGUCCCUUAUUAUUUUGGGAUGCUAUAAAAGCCAGCUGCUGUAAGCCCUUGACUUCCCUAUGGGAGGUGUGCUUUUCGAAGAGCAGAGUAACUCAGGAGAAUAUAGAGCAGGRCAGAGAAGGACUAGCUUUAAUUGGGGGGAUUUAGGGUUAUUUCCACAUGACCUCUACUCUGUUUAAUUUAGAGAAAAGGGAAUUUAGACUGUUCAAAGCCCAAUUUGUUCAGAGGAGGAACACAARGCUUGAGUUCUUAUUCCCAUAUAUCUACCCCUUAAUCCAGUGCAUGUGUACAAGUAAAUCUAGGCAUUCAUUGUCUGGUUCUUUUUUUUAUCAGUCACAGAAAAAUGAUCGCUCGUUAACAGUAUAUUCUCUCUGGCUCUCAGAUGAUGUGUUUUUCUGUGUCAUAAAUGCUCUUGUAACCUAUUUUAAAAUGGCCUUUUUUGUAGUUCUAGUCAGACCAUGGUUUAUUUGUUUUAAUUUAACAUUGCCUUUUGAUUUAUAAGAUUUACUGUGUAUUGUUUUCUCUUUAUGAGUGUUUGUUUUUAUAGACAAUUAGCCAGAGAAAAUAUCUACUGUUAUCUAAUGUAGGGGGGAGCUUCAUSUGCAACAUCACUUUAUUUGUAUACACUUGAUUAUACUUUAAUAUUUCACUGUAUAAAUUAUGUUUGUGCAAUGUACAUGUGUGCAUGAUAUUAUCAGAAUAUACAUAUAUUUAAGUACUCAUAAUAUGCUACUAGUGGGAGUGGAGGAACUAGGCCAGUUCGCAAGAGAUAGAGAAGGGACCAUUAUAUUGGGCACAAGGUAMUGUAUGGGAAGGAGUGGGUGGAGUUUCAUACUGAUUGAUUGAUUGAAUUUGUUAGAUAAUUAAAAGUAGCAGGCURCUCCAGCCGGAGACAACAUUACACGAUUACAGGAUUUGCUUUAAUUAUUGUUAUUUGUUAAAGUUCUAUUGAUGUGUCUCGAUCUGAUUUGUAUCAAAUGUUUACAGAGAGUGGUCUAAAGGGAAGUCGAUCACAUUUAAUGUUGGAUCCAUUCACAUGUUGCCCGUUCCUUAAACCUAAUUUGUCAUGUAUUGCGAUGGCCUACUGGAACUCUCCCAGCAAUCUCAUCAUCUCAGCUUUUUCAAGCUGUUUUAAUACAUAUUCAGUGCCUCUCAACAUUCAUUUUGUGAUGGACUGCACCCAGGGCUAUGAUUUUCUUGGGAGUUGAAACCACUCAUUAAAUGGGAUACAUUGAUUAUGUUACACAUUAAGUGAUCUAUAUUGUUCAGAUUAACCACCCAGAGCAAAUAAGCUAUUUCUAUCUGAAACUAGCACAGCAGUGGAAUUAACCACUUUCAUAAUGAUAUGUAACAUACCCCUUAAAAGGGGAGUGUGUAUCUCACAGAGUAUACAGUGUGGGUCUGAGUGCAAUUCGUUAGUCCWAUGUUAGUAGUCAUCUCAUUCAAUGCCCUAUUUCUGUUUAAGUAAGUGGAGUUGUGUUUGACUGCUGCUACACAUCCAUCCAUGCUAGUUUUAUGGCUGUGGCUGUGCAGUCUCUGUCCUCUGAGGCAUUAGGCAGGAGCCAUUCCUUGCUGGGAGUAGUGUAGUGCUGUAGCAGCACAUCUGUUUGCCGCUCUAUCAGGGAGUGGGACCUGGCAUGGGAACAGGCCAUACCCCAGGGAGAUCCACACAGGCACAACAAACACUAUCCAAUGGACCUAUCUGUGUACUCAGGCCAUUGUUGAUUUCCUACUCUCCUCUCCUCCAACAAGAUAUCAUUGUCCGCUAUGCGUGGCGGGCUCUGAGUUUGGCUCUCUAUCUGUUGUUCAGAAAUAUAAUUUCUCAAAGACAGAUGGAUUUAUAAAUGUCAAAUGAAGUGAACUAUAUCUAGGGAUAAGGGAUGAAAAUAAGGGAUAGCUGCAGUGCCUUUCUAAUGUCACACAAUCACAUUUGAUCUCAUGGCUGCCUUCGGCACAAACAUGAUUCUCAAGAACAAUCAACUCCAUUUCCAUUGGCGGCAGAAAUAUUGCCUCUGGUGCAAUAUUGCAAAUGUGGGAUCCAAAGAUCCCAAUUAAAUUGAAUUGACUUCCCUUUAGAGAAAAUAAUUCUAUAAUGUCUUGAAUGUACGUAUAUUUGAAGAAUAACAGAAUGACAACAGUUGUUUUUGAAACAAUUGGAACACCUAUUUUGGUCACGGUACAAUAUUGACUAACUAUUUAAUAAAAAAAUGUUAUACAUGUUA